UUUGACACUUUUGGAAGAUUCCAACAAGAAAUCAUACGGUGUUCCAGGCACUGAGAUGGAGCCUCAGGACCAAAGACGCCCUGAGCCACCCCCUCAUCCCUGUGUCUCUCCCGUGGUGACUUCACCUCCACAAACCGCGCCUGCACUGGUCCGUGGCCACCGGCUGCUCCUGGUGCAGAUGGCCGUGCUCCUGAGGAAGCAGCUGCUCUGCACGUGCAGAACCUGGAAGAGCACGGCCUGUGACCUGCUGCUGCCCGUCCUCUUCGUGGCCUUGGCCAUGGGCUUGUUCAUGGUGCAGCCUCUGACCACUGACUACCCUCCCCUCCAAAUGACACCAGGCCACUAUGAGAGGGCAGAGAUGUACUUUUUCAGUAACAAAACUAACAUCGACGUCAACAGCAACAAUCACAGCAGCAGUAACAGCAGCAGCAGCAGCAGCCAAAGGUGUUUCUCAGCCGAGUUGGAGGCAGGGACAGAUGCCAUCCCAGGCUGGGACUGA